CCAAUUGGGUUUGGUGCUUUAGUGGAAAUGUCGAGGAAUAGUGAUAAGGCUAAUACAGUUCUUUUUAGGUAUCAAGAACAAAAGGCUGAAGAAGCAGGGUACAUUGAUUAUAACAGUACUGCAAGACCAAGAUCUGUUCAAAAAGUUACAAAUUUAAAAGAUGCAGAGAAUUGGAGAAAACAAGUAUUGAAAGAGAUUAGUCAAAAAGUUACAAAGAUUCAAGAUGAGCAAUUAUCAAGUUAUCAAAUCCGUGAUUUGAAUGAUGAGAUUAAUAAAUUAAUGAGAGAAAAAUAUGCAUGGGAAUUUCAUAUAAAAGAUAAACUAGGUGGCACUGAUUAUUUGAGAUCAGCCGGUAGGUUUAAUGAAGGUGGUGUUCUAAUCAGAGGAUAUAGAUAUUUUGGGAGGGCAAAGGAACUCCCUGGUGUUAAAGAGAUUUUGGAAAAGCAACAACAAGAUUUAAAGGAUCAAAAGACUAAUCAAGAGAAUGCAAAGAGUCAAAAGCAAAAAAUUAAAGAAUUAGAAUCAAGAGUGAAUUUAGAAUAUUAUGGUUAUUUUGAUGAAAAGAAUAGUAAGGCUGGUGACAGUUUGGGUGAUAAUGUUUGGGAUGAGGUUAAUCAAAUAUUAGGCGAUGAAAUUACAGUUCCUAAACCAAUGGAAAUUGAAUCUGAUGAAAAGGAAAUGCUAACUGAUGAGCUAUUAAAAUUUGAAAGAAGUGCAACGAGGAAAAGAUCCAAAAAAUUAGGAAAUAUUCAAGAUCCAAAAGAAAUCACCAUAAUUGAAAACUCUGAACCUCCAUCCCAACAACAGGUUGAAGCAUAUCUUGUGGAGAGAAGAAGAAAACAAUUGAGCGAGAAAUAUAAUAUUUAAAUGAUUAAUUAAUGACUU